GCCGAGGGCCGGCUAGUGGCGGGGCGCAGGCGCGGUGGUGGCCGUCGCCGGUAUCCCAUCAGCCUGCGCGGGCGGCGGGACGCGGUGCCGGUGCAGCAGGCCGAUCAUGUCGGAGAAAAAGCAGCCGGUGGACCUGGGGCUUCUGGAGGAGGACGAUGAGUUUGAGGAGUUCCCGGCCGAAGAUUGGACUGGCUUAGAUGAAGACGAAGAUGCACAUGUCUGGGAAGACAAUUGGGAUGAUGACAAUGUAGAAGAUGAUUUCUCCAAUCAGUUAAGAGCUGAAUUAGAAAAACAUGGCUACAAGAUGGAGACCUCCUAGAUUUUUUUCUGGCCGAACAUGGAGUGGUUUGAUAAUGAACUCUGGACAGACUACACAAAGAAGAAGAGGUGGAAAGUGAACAGACAGACUUAGCUCAUUGUCUGCUUGGAUUUAUUAUUGUUUUGUAUUAAAAUAAAGUUUUUAAUCUUAGCCUAGUUGUAAGCUGGUA